CAUCGUGAGUGAAAGACAUACGCGCGGCAGCUUAAAUUUCGAGGAAAAGAUUUUCUUCACGGUGAAUAGAAAAUGCCCAGUGUAUUGAAUGAAAGUGUGAAUAAAUUGCUGAUUAAACGUUAAGUGAGGGUUGUUUAAAAGAAAACCAUUGAACGAGAAGAAUAUGAAAUAAAAGAAAAAAAAGCAAAUUCAAAAGCUUAAAAAGUGUUUUUGCAUAGUGAACGAAAAUUGGAAAAGUGCUCGCUGUCAAGUGAAAGUGCUCAUAUGAUUUCCAAUUAUUUAAUUUUUUAUAAAAAUAUUUCAAUGUUUCCAACAGGAUUGUGAAAAAAAUUCGAUUGUGACAAGGUGCAAACUGAAACAAAAAAACCAAUUAAAUUCAAAAUAAUAAAUAAAACUAACUCUUCAUAAGAUGUAAAACAAAAAGUGAAAUUGUGAAAAUUAAUUGGUGAAAUUAAAUUUGAGCAAAAAAGUAGAUUGGGCAAUAUGAAAUAAAUACAUUUUCGAAAUUCUAACAAAAUUAAAGCUCCAGUGUAAAAUAAAGUUGAAUAAAGAGAGUGUACAUAACACGUAAUAAAAUUUUUCAUAUUAUUACAAAGUGAAUAUUGGAAAAAAAAUUUUAAAAUAAAAAUAAACCAAACUGAAAAUAAAUCAUAACCAUAACCGGAAGUGUGGUACAGAGUACAACGGAAGUGAGAGUGUAAAUCGUGAAUUGGAAAAUGUAUUGAGUUCACACCUUUGAAAUUCUGAUAUUAACAGUGCAGUCUCUGAUCCCAAAUUAAUAUAAAAAAAAGAAAAUCUACAAACGCUCCAAUCGCACACAUCAUCGUUAGCAUGGAAGACGAACUACGUUGCCCGACAUGCAAACAACUUUUCGCAAAUCCGGUGCUGUUGCCCUGUUUCCACGCCCUCUGCCUGGGUUGUGCACUUGACAUACAGACCGCGUACACGCCCGCUGCCGCCUUGGCUGCUGCCAACGCCAGUGUGGGCCUCGUCUCGAACGGCAAUAUCAACGGCGGCUGCCUAAUACAUGCCCAUCCACUGCACGGCGGCACGGGAGCACAUGGCAAUAGCAUAACCACAACUGCUACGGUACAUUCACACGCCGGCAUUGGCGCUCCAGUAGCACCACCUUCACAUCCACCAUCGACACGUCACUCAUCGAACAGUUCGGCCGCCAGUACCGCCAGCUCGGCUACAGGUAGCGAAAGUGUCACAUCCGAUCAGGAUCAAGCCGAUAAGGUGAGCAUUUUGAGUGAGGCAGACUCUGGGGUGGUUUGCUGUUCGAACACAUCACGUCCGGUUUCGUACGCCGGCACUGCACAGCUACAAGGUUUGCUGCAGGGCGCUGCUGCUGCGCCACCAGGUGCUGCUUUUCAUCUAACUUGCCCACUCUGCCGGAAGUUGGUGUUCUUUGACGAGGGCGGUGUGCGCAAUUUGCCCGCCUAUCGUACCAUGGAAUCAAUUGUUGAUCGUUUUUGUGCACGUGAGGCGCUACGCUGUCAAAUGUGCGAGACAGAUCCAAAGGUUGCGUCCACUGUAUGUGAGCAAUGCGAAAUACGAUACUGCGAUGCAUGUCGGGAGCUAUGCCAUCCAGCACGUGGCCCCUUGGCCAAACACAAUUUGGUGAAACCGCGUAAUGCAGCAUCGCAACGAGAGUCGGUCUGCGGUGAACACGGCGAUACAUUAUCGAUGUACUGUUUGGUGUGCAAAAUGCCCGCCUGUCCACAGUGCAUCGCCGAGAAACAACAUCCCGGACAUGAGGUGCAAUCCAUCAGCGUCACUUGUAAGGCACAAAAGACGGAACUCUCACAUAACUUACAGCAGUUGUCGGAGAAGGCACGUUCCACCACGGAAUUCAUACAGCGAUUAAAAGGCAUGAGUGACAAAGUGACGCAGGAGUCCUGCAUGGAGUUCGAAAGACUGGUGACGGCGCAAUGCGAAGCCUUGAUACAAGCAAUACACGACCGACGCGAGUAUCUGCUCGAGGCUAUACGCAUGGAUAAAGACACGAAAAUCAGAAUAUUAAAGGAUCAACAAUCAAAUUGUACAGGCAAAUUGCAACAAACCACUGGACUAAUACAAUUCUGCAUUGAGGCGUUGAAAGAGACCGACAGCGCAGCCUUUCUACAAGUCGGCUCAAUGUUGAUUAAUCGCGUUGCCAAUACGGACAUGACCUGGCAUCAAGAGGUGACAAACGCCGCUCCACGUGUCUCGCCAAUUGUGGAUUUGACGUUGGACGAUGCUGCCCUGGUGCGCGCAAUUGAUAAUUUGAAUUUUAUGCAGAUGAAAGCUGUCAAAGAUGGAGAAGAGCGAUUACCAGCAGCACCCUUAGCGCCAACUAUUGUACCAGAGGAUUGUUCAGCAGAAAAUAAUUCCGUUACAGUGGCGUGGCAAGCACCGGCCCACUCUAUCGUAGAUGGAUAUGUAUUGGAAUUAGAUGAUGGUAGCGGCGGCGAGUUUAGGGAGGUUUAUUGCGGUAAAGAAACCAUUUGUACCGUGGACGGACUCCACUUCAAUUCGAUGUACAAUGCGCGCGUCAAGGCAUUCAACAAUGCGGGCGAGGGUGAAUAUUCCGAACUUAUUGGAUUGCAAACGGCGGAAGUUGCCUGGUUCACAUUUGAUCCGAUUCUCAGCGGCGGCGCCGGCUCUGGUCUGGUUUUUAGCAACAAUAACGCCACAGUUUCGGUGGAAGGUUGGGAGCACCGAGUGGCUUUGGGCUCGGUUGGAUUCUCGCGUGGCAUCCACUAUUGGGAAUUCACCGUGGACAAGUACACAAUGGACACGGAUCCGGCGUUCGGUGUGGCACGCAUCGAUGUCAAUCGCAACAAAAUGCUAGGCAAAGACGAAAAAUCAUUUGCCAUGUAUAUUGACGGACAACGUUCGUGGUUCCAACACAAUUCAGUACAUGAGCGGCGUGUUGAAGGAGGUAUUACCACCGGCAGCACUAUAGGUGUGCUACUCGAUCUGGAGCGGCAUACCUUGAGCUUCCUCGUCAAUGAAAUGCCACAGGGCUCGGUGGCAUUCCGCGAUCUCUAUGGUGUCUUCUACCCGGCCGUCAGCAUUAAUCGGGGUGUGACGCUCACCUUACACACCGCAAUGGACGCGCCGAAAAUGGAUUAUUUCUGAGUAAGAAUGAAUAAGAUUCGGUGCAAUGCGAGAGAAUGAACCGAAGUUACAGGAGGGGAGGAAGCGAGUAACGGUUAGACGUUAUUCAACAGCGAUGUAAAUAUUCCAUUAUAAAUAAAUAAAUAAGCUACACAAAAUUAAUAAAUAGAGAAGCAUAUACAUACCUAGGCGUCUACUUACACGGUUUUAAAUGUAUUUAUAGAUUUAAAUAGCAUACACAUUGCUUUGUGUGUGAAUUCAUUUUUAAGUAAUUCGAUUUGUAAGUAGGAUAAAUGGGUCACUGGCACAUAUCUUAAGCAUUUAAAAUGAAAAGGAAUUUAAAAUCGUCAUUGGAAUUUUGUUAUUAAUUUUUAUAGAAUUUUUGCAGUUUAUUAUAAAGUUUAGCAUGUUUGAGGAACACAAACAAUAUUCAAAAAAACAGAAAAAAAUCAGAAUUUUCGAAAAAUAUCAUAAUGAAUUUUGACGUAAUAGCAGUAAUAAUAUCUAACAGCCACACACAAUAAUGAACAAUUUUAAAUAAUAGUCUGUGAAAAGCAUUUAGAAAUAAUAAUACAACAAUAAAAGUUCUAAUAUGAAAGCGUUUAAAUAAAUGUACAUACAAACAAACAAUUUAAACAACUUCACCCAAACGUAAAACAUACAUACUGUAAAAAUUAUAUCUGAAAAAAUUGAAAAUAUUAAUAUAAAAUUGUUAAAAUAGUUGAGAAGAAAUAAUUAUUAUUUGACUGCCAACGAAAAUAAAAUAACAAUUACCAAAAACAUAUUUCUAAAUGUAACAAAAGAAGAACGAAAUCUGAAAAGGAAAAUUAAAUCUAAUAUCAGAAACCUUCAACUUUUUUUUAUUGUUUUUCUAUUAUUUUUUCACAUAAAAAUUUUUAUUUUGCCUUCGUAACCGCGUUCAUUUAAUUUAAUCAGAAUAGAAGCAAUUAAAUUUGGUUUGAACUUUUGUAUUUGGAUUUAAACGUGGGAAAUCAUCAUUUUACUUUAUUAACUGUUAAAAUAAUAACAAAGUCUUAUUUACUGUUUUAAAUCGUUAAACUUUAUAGCUUCUUUUAAAGAUUUUUGUCCAUCAUAUUUAGUAUACUCUUUCUACUAAUUUACUGCUGCACACAAUAUUUAAGAGUUAGUGAAUUAGAGAUUUCUAUGGAAUUCCACUCCAAAAAAAUUGUCUAAAAUCGCAGUUUCUAAAUGCUGAAAUUAUAAAAUAAAAUUCUUAAAAGAAUACUUAUAACCGAGUAUAUUAAGAGCAAAGUUGAAAU